UUUAAUGUCAUUUCGUAAUAUCUCUAUGGGAUUAAUGGAAAACAAUAAUUAUUAAACGGCAUGUAACUAAACAAUAUGAUAAUGGAUAUGUAUGGCUUUUUAAAUAUAUAAAUAUUAUUUCGGCAACAAAUACUGCUUUACAAUGGACGCUUCGUAUUGUUUAUGUGGUCAGCCUUAUGAUCCAAAUAUAUUUAUGAUACAAUGCGAUGCCUGUAAAGAUUGGUUCCACAGUACAUGCUGCAACUUUCAGGAACAUUUAGCUAUAGAAAUAGACAAAUACCAUUGCCCAAGAUGUGUCUCACUUUAUGGGCCAUCAAUAUACAAACCAUACCGAAAUUGGCAUAGGCAUGACUUCUGGGAUGAAAAUGCAUUAAACAAGCCAGUACAAACUGGAACAACAGUUUUCAUUAAGGAGUUACGUGCUAGACACUUUGCUGGUGAAGGAGAUAUUGUGUUACAUAUGCGUGGUCAACAAUUGACUGAAACAGUAUUACAACAACAGGGUUUUAAUUCUCCCAUAGUUAUUGAUGGAAAAGAUGGCUUAGAUAUGAAUAUACCACCUGAAAAUUUUAGUUUAUAUGACGUUGAGUCUUAUGUUGGGGGUGAUAAAGAAAUAGAAGUUAUUGAUGUUAUGAGACAGAGUAACUUAAAAAUGAAACUAAGAGAUUAUGUGGAGUAUUUCAACAGUUUGAAUAGAACUAGAGUUUUUAAUGUAGUCAGUUUGGAAUUUUCAAAUACAGGGUUAUCAUCAUUAGUAGAUGCACCAUUAAUAGCAAGAAAAUUAGAUUGGGCUAAUACAGUGUGGCCUAGUGACCAACCAGGCAGACCUCAAGUUGGAAAGUAUUGUCUAAUGAGUGUGAAAAACUCAUAUACAGAUUUCCAUAUUGAUUUUGGUGGCACAAGUGUUUGGUAUCAUGUCUUAAGGGGGGAGAAAAUAUUUUAUUUUGUCAGUCCAACUCCAGCAAAUUUAACUUUGUAUCAGCAGUGGAUGACAUCAACAAACCAAAGUGAAAAAUUUUUUGGCGAUCAAGUCGACAAAUGUUAUAAAUGUGUUCUCCGUCAAGGACAGACAAUGUUAAUCCCCACAGGAUGGAUUCAUGCAGUAUAUACUCCAGUUGACUCUCUUGUGUUUGGUGGAAAUUUUCUACAUAGCAUGAAUAUACCAAUGCAAUUAGCAGUUUACGAAAUUGAGAAGAAAAUUAAAACUGAACCUAAAUAUUUGUAUCCGAAUUUUGAAAUGAUAAACUGGCUUGCAGCCGCUAAAUUAUUACAACAAAUAAGUGAAUUAAAUUUAGAUGAACGGAAGUGUCCAAGUUACUUAUUGUUGGGUUUAAAACAGUUGUUAUCAACACUUAAACACUGGAACACAGAAAAAGAUUACAACAUUUCUGUGAGAGAACAAAUUCCAUUUACCAUUAAUAUUACAAAAUUGUUUAAAGAUAUUGCGAAAGAAAUUAGACACGCAGAAAGAUUUAUUAAUCAUCUAAAUCCUCCAAAACCAGAAAGAGAGUCUAAAAGGAGACGAAAGAAACCUGUAAACAAAGACUUUGUUGAUUAUUCUUUAUCACCCAAAGCUAAUAAUGAAUUAUUCCAAGUGACAGAAUCUCCGUCCCUAUAUCAAAAAGAAAAACAAGCCAUAAAAAUGACAAUUCCAAAGCCAGCCAUCUUAAUACCAGGUGCUGGCAAUGAUAACUUUUUUACCAGUUCUUCUGAAACUAACCAGUUAGACUGGGAUUACAAAAGACCUGAAGAAACCAUUGCCAUCCAUAGAGGUGGGACUAUAUUAAAAUUUAAAUUAGGAACGAAAGAUGUAAUACCGCCACUGGAACCAAAUAUUUAUGAUUUUCACGAUGAAAGUGAUAAAGACGAAGGAUGCGUUAAAUUCACCAUUGACUUGAAUCCUCCUCCUCCUGCAAAGAAACCUAAGAAACAGUCAGGAAUUAAGAUGAGAUUACCCGUGAAAUCACGAAAAGCGAAGUCAGAUAACACGCAGUCUUUGCCAAAGAAUGGCAUAGAAUCUCUCCUUAAGGCAUCAGCUAUGAGUACCAAUCCUGGACGAACGUCGCCGUCUACUCAAGAAGCUAUAGCUGGUAUGCUUUCUAUAGGUCAAACAUAUGUACAACCAGAAAAAUCGCAAAAAUCUGUGCGGUACAACGACACUUUCACCUACGAGGAAGAAAACGUUAAAAAUGUACAUCAGGAUGAUGACUUUGUAUAUUUGUCAUUAGAUAACUCUGAUGAUGAAGAAGUACAUAUAUUCAAACCACGUGGUAAAUCUAAAGUGGAUGAAGCUUGGAACCCCAAAGCUAGAGUUGGUCCAUUGCUACCUAAAAUGAACAGACCUGCAAGGGAAGGCACAAAGAAGCAAGCGGUGGAAAAAGUUUUAGAAGCCGCUGCGGCUAAAAGAGCGAAUGAUUCUUCUGAAAAAUCGAUAAAACGUCAGUACCGUCGUAAGAACGUUAAAGUUAAACCAGAAAUAAAAAGUUCCUCUGCCAGUACUACUUCUAAUCCAAGUACCUCUGGAGGAUCUCCAGUGUCUGCCGCUACUAAGCCUCGAAAAGGGAUGAAGACUGUAAAACAACGAUUAGGAAAAAUAUUGAAAAUUCACAAAAUGAUUCACUGAUAUUCCCGAUAAAAACACAGUUUUGGUUUUAAUAUUAGUGUAGAAAAUUGUGUCUUAACAGUUUAACUGGUUAACUAAUUUAAAACGGUGUUCAAAAUUUUAUACAUUCCUGAAAUUUAUAUUUAAGGUAUAAAAUUCAAAUUUUACUUUCCGAUAAAUAUUCUACAUAUUUACUAUAAACAUUUUGUGGGCCUUCAAAUAGUAGCCCGCAAAGUAGAUAUUUAAGCUCAAAAGAUGGACGAAUUUAAAAAAGGAAAGGAUUAGCAUGCGUUGAAGUGUGGCAGGCCAUAUGUCUCAGUAAUUCAAUAGUUCUUUCUUCUUUAAAUUGUAUCCAUAGGUUUCAAUUGCCUGACUCUCAGUGCCUCAAAUUGGUUUAUUAAUCUAUUAAUUAGAUUAAAGUUUUUAGAAACUACGUUUUUAUAUUUCGGACUAUAUCAAUAAUUUCUAUCUAAACUAACAAUUUUUUCAGUUAUAAAAACUGAUUCAGUUAUUUUAAAAAAUUAAAAAUCACAACCCGUCUCGCUAAAAGCGAGUCCAGUGUUUCUUUUUAUUUUAUUUUUAAAGGGUAUUAGUUUGGUAAAACAGUAUUUUAUACCUUACAAUAUGAUGUUCAACAAUGAAUGAAGAAUAUUUUUGUUUAUCUGCAUUUAUUGUAUAACACUUAAUAAAUGAACAGUUGUCAACUAUUGUACUUUUUACAUCUACAUUCGUAUAUGAGUGCUAAGUAAAAUUCUUUCAUUUCUGUGAUCUUGCAAAAAUGCAUUUAGUAUAAAUUCUUAUCAUAACACGUUAUAGUUAUAUGUAAAUUCGCUAUUAUGUACAUGUUUUAUUCUAAGUUUUUUUUUGUAAUAAUUUGUGAUUGUUAUGAAUUAGUUCUAAUUAUUAUUUUAAGGAUAGUUUUACUAACAUAAACCCACCUCUAUUAUUUUAAAUUUUCACCUAUCUAGACAAUUUAAAUCUAGUCAGAUUUUUAUAUAUAUAUUUUACUCAUGCAAACGGAUACUAGUAUUAUUUCAUAUUUGGAAAAACAAAUAUUAAUUUUAGAAGAGUUAUUUUGCACGAUUACUUUAAAAUUAAAAUCGCAAAAUGGGUUGGCUAGUUGGUAGGUGUAUCUUCAAAAAUUUGCCUUACACAAUGUUAAAAUACAGCCCAUACUGAAUUGACUCGUUUAAAAAAUUCUCACCAUUAUAGGGAAUUUAAUCUGAGCAGCAUAUUUGUGUAAAAAAGGCAACGUUAGGUGAGUUAUUUGACAUAAUUACUCAAAAAAUAAAAUUGAUGUAUAACUUAAUAUAUUAAACUAAAUAUUUUCGAAUUUAAUUUGAGCAGCAUGUUACAUUUGCAUAAAAAAGGGCAUCGUUAGGUGAGUUAUUUGGCACAAAUAUUCAAAAAAUAAAAUUGAUCUACUACUUAAUAUUCCUGUUUUCUCAAAAAUUUUGAUUAACACAACACUAAAAUUGAAUUAUCUGAGGAAUUCAAAUCUAGUCAGAGUUUUAUGUAUAUUUUACUCCAUGCAAACAGAUAUAAAUAGCAGUUUAUAUCGUAGAAAAAAUAUCAAUUUUAGUUAAGUUACUUUUCGCAAUUACACAAUAAGUUGAAAUGAUGAAAAAUAUUUCUUUCAAUUAAAAUUGCACAAUCGGUUUGCUAGUUGGUAGGUGAUUUAAUAUUUUAAAAUAAUUUUUUCUGAUGAAACUAUAAACAAUUAAUCUUUCUAUAAAAUAUUUCUGGAUGAUUCGAUAAAAUAACAUAUAAUUAUUCUCUUAAAAAAUAAAGAUUGACCCUUUCAUCAGAAAGAGUAAAAAAGUUCAUAUAUUUAUGUUAAGGGGUGCUUUUUGUAUUCUAAAUUGUUUGACACGCGUAUAAAAGAAAAUUUGUGAAAUUUAAGCAUCCAAUGUUUAUUGAAGAUCACAAUUGUGUUCAACUAUUUCAAUAACUAUUCCAAAAUUAAUAACCAUAUUUUUUUUUAUUUAAAUUAAAUUACUUAUUUAUUUUUAUUGUCGCUGUAAUAAUAUCCUAUUAAAAACUUGAUAUAUGAGUGCUAUACACAUGUUUUGUAAAGUUUGUAUGUCCCGUUCAGAAAUGUUUUAUUGAUUACUAAACGUGUGCACAUAUCUGAUAAAGUAGGUAGUGCCAUCCGACAUGCUCAGAGAUGACAUUAUCUCAGAACUAGAGAACACCAUCCAAUAUUGUCCAGUAACAUUACAGACACUGUUUGUAUAAUAUAUCGGAUAUCUUUAUUUUGGUUGCCGUGUUAUUUGAUUGAAUUAUGAAAUUAUGUUUACUUUAAUUAUUGUUUCUUUGAAUAGAAUAAGUAAUUUAUGAAGUGUUGUCAUGGAAUAUAUCAUAUAAUACAAAAAACACUUUUUUUUACCCUUAAGUAUAUAAAUGUAUACCACAAUAUAUAUGGAAAAUUUCACCUUUUUACUACUACUUCAAAAACCAAUUAUUACAUGUUUAGAAUGUUAGUAUAUGAUAAUUGACGUAAUGUUACCGUUCUUAGUAUUCCAGAAUACAAUAUGGUAAACCUAAUGUACAAUAUAAUACAUCCAAAAUGUGAAAUUAUUUGCUUAAUAAUAUCAUAUAAAGGCAAUUUUUAAAUUUUCUAUACCGGAUUUAAACUAAUGGAGGUGGAAUGCACUAACAAAAUUACUCUUGACUUGACAUUAUUCAAGUGGUAAAAGUUUUUAUAACAUAAGGUAAAUUUGUAUAUUCUUUGUGAUACUCAAGAGUUAAACCAAACUGUUUAGCUGAUGAUUUAUUUAAUUAACUCCUUUAAAUUCUUACCAAUAAAUAAAUCGAAACUGUAAGAAAAUUAAUAAAAAUUCACAUCUAUUUGGAAUUUGCGAAUGCAUCUUGA